AUGGCUUCAAGCAACGCUAAUCUGCCAAGAUACGUACCAAAUCAAAGCCCAAGUAAAUCACCAUUACCACUUCUUAGUAGCCAAACAAGUUCAAUAUUGAAGAUGCAAUCACCAUUGCCGACUUCAAAUGAGCUUGGGUAUGGGAGGCAGAGAGGAUCAUUUAGAGGCUCUAGUUCUUGUGCAGGAGCUGAUGGGGUUUUAUUGACAUGGGAUGAUUUAUGGGUCACUGUACCUUCCUCGGGAAAUGGUAUUAGUAGCACUAACAAUGGUAGAGCCUUAAUUCAAGACCUUAACGGGUAUGCUCAGCCUAGUGAGAUCUUGGCUAUUAUGGGUCCUUCUGGCUCUGGAAAAUCAACUCUUCUUGACGCAUUAGCAGGGAGAUUAGCCUCAAACACAAGACAGUCAGGGUCGAUCAAAGUGAAUGGUCGAAAGCAAACAUUAGCUUUUGGAACGUCUGCUUAUGUUACUCAAGAUGAUACAUUGACAGCAACGUUAACGGUGAAAGAAUCUGUUUACUAUUCUGCUAUGAUCCAACUUCCUGAAUCUAUGACAAGAGCUGAAAAGAAAGAGAGGGCAGAGACAACAAUACGGGAAAUGGGAUUACGAGAAGCAAUGAAUACAAGAAUAGGAGGAUGGAGCGGUAAAGGACUUAAUGGAGGAGAAAAACGUAGAGUAAGCAUUUGUAUAGAGAUUUUAAGACGUCCAAAGCUACUCUUUCUAGAUGAACCAACAAGUGGUCCCGAUGGUGCAGCAUCAUAUCAUGUCAUGAUGAGAAUUCUUAAGCUUUCGCAACAAUGUGGAAUGACAGUUAUUGCUUCCAUUCACCAACCAAGCAGUGAAGUCUUUGCUCUAUUUCAUAAUCUUUGUCUACUUUCCUCUGGUAGAACAAUUUAUUUUGGUCUCGCUUCUGCAGCAUAUGAGUUUUUCACAUUGAAUGGAUUCCCUUGCCCAACUAUGAGAAACCCAUCGGAUCACUAUCUGAGAACCAUCAACAAAGACUUUGAUAAAUUAAGUUUUAUUGAAGAUGAGGACAGUGAACAAGGUUUUGCGGGAAACAAAAUAUCAACUACAGAGGAAGCAAUCCAAAUAUUAGUGGAGUCAUACAAGUCCUCUCAAUUCUUUCAACAAGUAAAACAUUGUGUAUCUGAAAUCUCUAAUAAGGAAGGGCACGUACUUGUGAAAGGAAGUCAAGCUUGCUUCUUAACACAGGCAUCUGUCCUUACACGAAGGUCCUUUGUGAACAUGUAUCGCGAUUUAGGUUACUACUGGUUGGGUCUUGGAAUAUAUAUUUCAAUAUGUUUUUGUAUCGGUAUGAUUUUUCAUGAUAUUGGACACAAUUUUGAUUCAAUACAGGCUAGAGGUUUGAUGCUUAUGUUUGUAGCUUCAUUAUUAACUCUCAUGUCAAUUGGUGGAUUCCCUUCUUUCGUGGAGGAUAUGGAGAUCUUUGGCAGAGAAAGAUUAAACGGGCAUUAUGGUGUUGCAGCCACCAACUUUCCGAAAAGUUGCGACUCAACCGAACCCAACAUUUUCCUAUAUAGAGAGAAGUUCGGUUAAGAAAAAAAAAUUGCGAGUCAACUGAACUUAUGAGUUCGGUUAGGGAACAAUUUUUUUCUUAACCGAAGUGUUUUUCGAGUUCUUCAUCUGUAAGUGUAGUAACGGUUUAAAGAGGGAAGAAGAGAAGGAGAUGAUUUUUUUUUAACUCAAAAAAUCGACUAGGUGGUGAUGUAAUUUUGAUUUUGAUUUUUUUAUUGAUUUAAAAUAGGUAAAAGAUAUGUUAGUCAUUUCCGUACUUUAUGACACUCCUUGUAAGUACAACCAAGAUAGACUCACUAAUCAUGGUCCCUCCAAAAUGGAGUGGUGCCCAAAAAAUGAUUCUAGUCUUGU